CGCUCGGCCCUUCUCGGGCCUGCCACGUUACCGAAGGACCCCCGGGACCGCUUUGCCGAGGGGCUCCGGCGCCCUCCUCUGACUCAGCAGCCGGGCAGGGCCUGGUGCCGUCGCUUGAGGGGAGCCCCCCCGGCUCCACACACGGCCCGCGGUUUGAUCCCCGCCGGCGGCUGAAGGACUGGCUGGUGGGGCUCCGACCGGGCCGGAGCGGGGCCCGGGCCGGCGGGAGCUACGUCCAUGUGGGCUUCCUGCUGCGGGCUGCUGAACGAGGUGAUGGGGACCGGCGCUGUCCGUGGCCAGCAGGCCGGCUUUGGGGGCGGCGCGGGCCCCUUCCGAUUCGCACCAAACACAGACUUCUCAGCCUACCCAUCUCCGGCUGCGGCGGGUGCCAACAUCGUUUGCAAAGCCUGUGGACUUUCCUUUUCGGUUUUUAGGAAAAAACAUGUGUGUUGUGACUGCAAGAAGGAUUUUUGCUCGGUGUGUUCCGUCUUACAAGCCAAUCUCAGAAGAUGUUCCACUUGUCACUUGCUGCAAGAAACAGCCUUUCAGCGACCUCAGUUGAUGAGACUGAAAGUCAAGGAUCUGCGUCAGUAUCUGGUUCUCAGAAACAUCCCGACAGACACUUGCCGAGAGAAGGAAGACUUGGUGGAUCUGGUGCUGUGCCACCACGGGCUGGGGCCGGAGGAGGACGCGGACGCGGGCAGCUUGCGCUCCUCACGCUCACAGACUUCGGGGUUUUUUACUCAUCCGUUUUCUAUGUCUGUAUCGUCUCAAGGAGAACUUGCAAACAGGAGGGGAAGCACAGGAAAUGGAACACCUUCACGGGGACAAGAGGAAACUUCUUCUAUAAAUAAUGAAGAAGAAAGUGCAGAAGAGCAGACCCCUGGGUUGACCAGAAAGCGAGCGAGGACAUCUUUGUCGGAUAUUUCAAGUCUGGAAGACAUUGAAGGGUUGAGUGUUCGGCAGCUGAAGGAAAUACUUGCGUGUAACUUUGUCAACUACUCAGGAUGCUGUGAGAAAUGGGAACUUGUGGAAAAAGUGAGCAGACUGUACAGAGAGAGUGAGGAAAACCACAAGACACAGGGUGAGAAGAUGCAGCUGAACGACGACGACGACAACCUGUGCCGGAUCUGCAUGGACGCCGUGAUCGACUGCGUCCUGCUGGAGUGCGGCCACAUGGUCACCUGCACCAAGUGCGGGAAGAGGAUGAGCGAGUGCCCCAUCUGCCGCCAGUACGUCGUGCGGGCCGUGCACGUCUUCAAAUCCUAAACCCAGACCAAAACCGGGCUUUUAUAGUCACCCUUCCAGGAGGGCCGAACAUUAGGACACAUGUCAGCUUUUUAUUUCUCAACAACACGACAUUCUGAACAUGAGGAUCUGGACGUUUGUGAAACAUUUUUCUAUAGCAUACGGAACCCCAGGGUUGAGGAGUAGGAGGCGCUGCCUGUGUGUACAGUAACAGCACUGCCUGUCUGACCUUACAACCCACAGACUGUUCAAGUCAGACUGUUUACAGCAGUUCUUGCUCUCUUCUGAAGAAUAUCACCUCCGAUUACUGCAUUCAGUACUCAACAAGGUGUCAGAAAACACCUUUGGCUCCACCAUAUUAGCGGGUUAUGUCGUCUACUGCAUUAGAAGCGAUGAAUAUGUCAGUUGAAUAUUCAGCUUUCAUGUAACUAUAGAAUGUAACUGUUCCAACACUGUUCCUACAACGGUGUUAACAGUAUAAAAUACAACUGUAGGCAGCACUGCCACUACCUGUACCUGCACAGAAGCCCUUAAGGAAUCUAUUUUAUGCCGAUUGCUUCGUUCCGAAUGUCUGACAUUACCACGUGCUGUCUUGGCCAUUCUCUGUCAAUGUACAAAAACCAAACAACAGACCUCUGUCACUUCACAGGGCUCUGCCAGGUGGUGUCCAAAUACCAAUUACUAAGUGUUUUUUUUAGUUUAGGAAUAAAAUAUUUUUUUAAAAGGGGGUAUAGGGGAACCACAUCAUGGCCCUUAAUCCACUCAUGCCUGUUGUAACUAUUAAUCUUACGUGUGAUGAUUGUACGCCGUGUGCCGCCAACCUGAUCUUACUGUGAAUACUAAUCAGGGUCAUGCAACUACUUGCUGCUAACAUGUGGAAUGUAUGGUGUUACUAACCUUAAACCGGGAGGGCUUUAGUGAGGAAAAGGGAAAGCAAAGGUUUAAAUCAAUGACUUCUUACCAAGGCCGGGUCAUUACCAUGGCAGCCUUUGAUUAAGUUUCCUGUUUAAAAAAAGGAAGGAGCUCACCUGGCUGGUUCUCCUUUCCACGGGGCGGAUCAAUGAAGCUGCCGUUUCUGCUUUAAUUUCCUACCAGAGCCAGGGAGGUGUUUUGCCGAGGCCGUAGUACCUGGGAGCUCUCACCUCUUAUGCUGUCACACCUGCUUCUCUUCUAUGUGAAAACAUAGCUCCUCAAAAUCACAGCUUAAGAGACACUGCUGGUGGUUUUUCAGAAGGGAGCAAACCUCUCACUGGCUUUAUUUUUCAGAAGUAACUGUUUAAUGGUACUUAAUCCCUGGAGUCUCUGUUCAGUGGGUAAACCGAUAAGAACAAACCCUCUGUGUUAUUUCCAUGCUGAUCUUCAGCCACACAAGUUUAAUAAACAUUUGUGGUGGGC